AUGGGUAAGGCUAAGAAAACAAGAAAGUUCGGGUUAGUGAAAAGAACAUUAAACACCAAGAAAGAUCAAAGGUUGAAGGCAAACCAGGAAAGCAUUAAAGAUAAAGAAGACCCUGAGUUAACCAGAAACAUACCACAAGUGUCGAGUGCUCUUUUCUUCCAAUAUAAUGAAGCUAUAAAGCCACCUUACCAAGUGCUGAUAGAUACCAAUUUCAUAAAUUUUUCCAUCCAAAAGAAAGUGGAUAUUGUUAGAGGCAUGAUGGACUGCCUUCUCGCAAAGUGUAAUCCGUUAAUCACAGACUGUGUAAUGGCGGAAUUGGAAAAGUUGGGACCUAAAUACCGUAUUGCUUUGAAAUUGGCUCGCGAUCCAAGGAUAAAGAGACUAAGCUGCUCGCACAAGGGUACAUAUGCAGAUGAUUGUUUAGUGCAUAGAGUUUUACAACAUAAAUGUUACAUUGUGGCUACGAACGAUGCUGGUUUGAAACAAAGAAUCAGAAAAAUUCCCGGCAUUCCAUUAAUGAGUGUAGGGGGCCACGCAUACGUCAUCGAAAAAUUACCAGACGUCUUUUAA